UUCCGUUCCACUUUCCUCUCACUUCCCCAUUCGCAACCAUGCCUUGACAAUCCGUGACCACACCCGCAUUUCCCAAUGGUGCGCGGCAGGAAGCCCAACCUGGUUGCCUGCACCAAUUGCCGGCAAGCAAAGCGCGCGUGCGACAAGCAUCUUACGUUUCCGGGCCCUUGCACAAGAUGCAGAGACACCGGCAGGGUGUGUUCGGUGGACCCGGACUUUCGACGCGAGAGAAGAAAAGAACGACUCACGCGUGUCGAGCAAGAACUCCAAGAAGCCCGCCAGGGCCUGGGAGCGACAUCGGUCAGCAACGAAACCAGUCUGAGCAAUGAAGAUGCUUCUCAUUCUCCGGCCCCUGCUCCUACCAUACCGCGUCGAUCUACCACUCGGCCCAGACAAACAGCGCGGCGGCCACUGCUUCGGCCAGACGCACCGCCGGAAAGGGCCAUUCGGGGCGUUGACCUUGCGGCGCAACGGAUCAAGGAUCUUCUCGACGAGUUCUUCACCAACUAUCAUCCAUUCUGUCCCAUUCUUCCUGACCAAUCGCGCUUCCUCGACUAUUCGAAUCCAUGUCCGUUACUUUUCUGGACGGUGCUGGUCACUGCCCUGAGAGGCAAACCCGAGCAUCAAGCACUAUACUCGACCAUCGCGGAGACUGUGGCUGCCAUGGCAUACGACACUGUGCAGCCGGCCGCGGCCUCGUUCCAAGCAAUGCAAGCCCUCCUGCUUCUCUGCCAAUGGCCUCUCCCGUUCGGGAAAUCUCAGGACCCUUCCCAUUCGUUCGUCGCGCUGGCUACCAACAUCGGCCUCCGAAUGGGGCUUCAUCGACCUCGUCAUGCAGGCGACUUCGCGGCGGACGCUUCUAACGACCCCGAGACCGAAAUCCUGCGGCGGAAGACGUGGGCGGUGUGCUUCAUCACAAAUUUGAGUGUAAAUGGCGGCCUAGGCCUCCCAGCCACAGUGCAGCUAGACCAAGGUCUGCUAGAAUUAUUAGCGACCAGACCGGCCUGGCUGCCAGAUCUGCUGUGUCACCAGCUCCAUAUCUCUCGACACACAUUCAACAUCUGCUCCAGUCUCGGAUGCUGCGAGUCGUCUAGCACGGGACUAUUACCCGCAGCGGCACCCGUCGUGCGCAUGUUCGAGACAGAACUACGCGCCCUCGAGUGCCGGUACUACGCGUCCUGGUCGCCGGUAGAAUACAUUAUUUUCCUGGGCUGUCGGAUGAUAUUGUAUACGUUUGCAAUUGCAUCGCAUGAUAACGACGACGAUAACACCAGCAACAGCAACAAUGGUGGUACUACUAGUGGUUUAUACAACAACUCUUCAUCAUCUUCGGGAGGAAGUUUUGUGGCCAUCGAGUCGCUAUCACAUUGGCUGGUUCGAGGGUACGUGGCGGCGACGGCGACCGUCCAGACGGCGUCCCGGGUUCCAGAGCAGUUGUUCCACGCCCCGUCUCGCGUGCAGAAAAUGGUCGCCAACGCCGUCUGUUUCUUGUUGCUUUUGAAAUGCUCCCGACAUCACGGGCUUGUCGAAGACAGUGUCUUGUCCGGCAAUCUCACUCACGGCUGGCAUAUCUUGCGGCGCCUCUCAGUUGUGCCCGGCGAUUUCAUGGCUCGAGCCUCCAUGCUUUUCGAGCGCUUUAUCACCAGAACAGCGUAUAUUGAUACCACCACCACCCGCGACGGCGGGCCGGGUCACGUUCAGCGAACUAUGGCCUUUCUUCCCAUCAGGUCCAGAAUGGGUGCGAAUGUUGCGCUGAGUGCCGUGUUGAGAAUAAGGUACUGCUUGGCCAAUCAUAACAAUAACAAUAGCAAUAGCAGCAACUUGAACUCCUCUACUUUGGCAACCUCGACCUCGAGUUCUCAGGGCCGUGGUCAUGGCACGGCGGCCACAGCAGAUGGCCCAACGGCUGCUGUAGCGCUUGAUGGCGCCCAAGUGCCGCCACCAGACUCGGAUGACUUGCUAAACAAUGCCCUGGCGGGCAACGGGCCGUCGUUGGACGACUUCAAUUGGGACGAGCUUUUCUCAGAGAUGGCGGGCUACUCCAGUUUUUGAAAGGCUGCUCACCGGGUUGAUGAGCAUCUCAUCAGGAUACAUCUCAUGGACCCCUCGAGCCCCACGGCGAGAAUAGACAGCUUGGCUGGGGGCCCGUUCACUACUGGGUCGAUACCGCCGCUCUUAUUAGUCCUGGAUGCGUUUCCAUGAAAUAUCGCAGGACCCGGACUGACAGAUGGCGUGUCUCGAAGGGACGACAGGAAUACAAUUUUCAGUGAUUGAUGAACAGCGACCAAUCUUGCCGAUUGUCCCGACCACCUGAGGACCAUUGUUCAAGUGGUACUCUAUCCAUACCAUACAGUACAACUCGAUUUGCUUUCCUGCCGCCAUAGCCACAAUCAUAUCGCCAAUGGACAACGCCACGCCAGAUCCAACACAGUUCGCCGCCCAUCCAAAUCCUGAGAGAAGCCCCUCCCCAUAUUCCUGAGUUCAAAACGACGCGAGUCACAAUAACACAAAAGAGUCCAUUCGGAUCAUUCCUCGGCUCGCCGUUUGGUCAAGGUAUCCACGACCCGACCAUAGAAUUUCGCGGCAUUUUGUCUCGCAAACGUGAUGUCCUCAGUCAGAUAAGUCGGCAUCAACUCGAUCAUGUCGCGAUCACGAUUGGCAUCCAGGAGAGGCGUGUACAGGAAUUCCGUCUCUUCAAAGCUGGCGGUCCUGGCAUCCUCUUGAUCGACGUACAGCUUGAAAUGGAGUGCUAAACAAGUGGCACCAAUUAGUCCUAACGUUUCAACGCAAACACACCAAAAACCGACAAUCUUGGGAUAGUAUAGUACUUACUGCCAUUCCGACCAGUCUGGAUACAGUCAUAAGUAUCGCCUUCGUCUGUCCUCUUGACACUUCGAAUAAUCAGACCCGUCAAGUCGCUGUACAGGUCUUCCUUCAUCUGUGCGAUCUGGGCAGCUUGAGCGGCUUCUGCACUUCCAAUCAUUGCUGGUCGUUGGGCAACAACAGCCUUCAUGGCGCUUCCUGGUGUUUUGGCUCCUCUUGCAUUAUUAUUGUUAUCGACAGAAGGCGCUCGGGCCGCGGCCAGUUUAGCCUGCAGAGCCUUGUUCUCGUUUUGGGCGGCGGAUAACGAAUUUUCCAGGUCAGAAAGAGCCUUGCGCAUGGUCACCAUUUCUUGCUCCUGGGUCUGCAUCUGUUUCUUGAGCUUGCGGGCUUCUUGGGCCAGAGGAGCCUGGGCAGCCAGCUCUUUUUUCAGAGAUGCAAUCAAGUCGUUGGACGCCGCCAUGGCGGCGUCGCAUUGCUUGCGCAGUUUCUCCAUGUUCGUGCUGGCUUCGUGGAUCCCGACUUCUUUGAGAUUGCGGUAUUUGAGGUCCACGUUCUCGAAUUUGCGUGUAAUGUCCCCUAGUUUGCGGCGGAGGCUGGGGUCUCCUCCUCUGUUGUCGGUGUCGGAUGCGCUCCCUGCCCUUCGUUGCGCUGCAUAUCCUAUUGUCGUCGGCUCAUGUCUCGCUCUGGAAGUGUCUCUGGUGGUGCCUGUGGCGCGGUUUUGUCUCGGUAUUGGUUUUGCUGCCGCUGCUGUUGUGACGACCGCCGGUCUAGGGCCCUCCUCCUCUUCUUCCAUUUCAUCGACUGCAUCGGACUGCUGCUCUUCUUCUGCCUCGACGGUAGCCUUGAGUUGCUGCUGUUGCUGCUGGGCAGAGGACGCUUUUUUGGAUGUAGUAGUAGCUUUGGACGAUUUCUUUGCAAUUUUGGGAGCUGCAUCUUUAGUGUUGGUGCGGUUGUUCGGUCGUACAUUGGCCACCGGUGACGCCUCGACAUCCAUUCCAUCCUCUGUCGGUUCAUUGUUGGCCUCUACUGCCGCUUUCUUGGUCGCAUUGGCCUUGGAUUGCUUGGUCCGGGCGACCUUUUUGCGUUUCGGUUCAACCACUUCCUGGGUGACUUCAACAUCAUUGUGAUCGUCAUUCCCAUUGUCCGCGGUUUCUGUCUCCUCAAUGUGUUCUUCCAGAGCCUGAGCCUUCCGUUUCGCCGUGGUCGUGCGCUUGGUCGCGGCGGCUUUUUUCGCGCCUGUUGUCGGCGCAGGGGCGGGCGCGACUUUCUGAACCUUUGAUCUCGUCUUGGUGGGCAUGGUGACGCGAUGCCGUUUCUUCCCUCUCUUCGCCUGCGCGGGUUGGGCUUGGGCUGCACUUGCGGCGGCGCUCGCGUCGGAAGCCGAAGACAAGAUCGAGUUUUCGUCGAUGAAGUUGGUUGUCGAAUCCUCCAUGGCGGACUCGACUAGGUCUGCG